UCCCGUGCCCACGUACUGUCGCUUUGAGUCCGGACUGCGCGAGGGUGGCACACAGAAGCUCCCGUGCUGUCAGCGCGCGACGUUACCAUGAGCCUCCUCGUUCCACCGGCAGACACUCCACGCGUAGACAGUGGCCACCUUACGAGUGCAGCGCAACAACCUCAGCCGCAUGAUGCCCGGGGGAAAGAGAGGGCUGGUGGCACCACAAAACACUUUUCUGGAGAACAUCGUCCGCCGCUCAAGUGAGACAAGCUUCUUGCUUGGAAACGCUCAGAUUGUGGACUGGCCCGUAGUUUACAGUAAUGACGGCUUCUGUAAGCUGUCUGGAUACCACAGAGCCGAGGUCAUGCAGAAAAGCAGCACAUGCAGUUUUAUGUAUGGGGAGCUGACAGACAAGAAGACUAUAGAUAAGGUGAGAAAGGCCUUUGACAACUAUGAAUCGAACUGCUUUGAAGUCCUGCUGUACAAAAAGAACAGAACUCCAGUUUGGUUCUACAUGCAGAUCGCACCGAUCCGUAAUGAGAAUGACAAAGUGGUUCUGUUCCUGUGUACAUUUAAGGACAUCACCGUCUUCAAGCAGCCAAUCGAAGACGAGAGCACCAGGAGUGAGUUUUUAACACGUCAUCAUGGCUGGACCAAGUUUGCCCGUUUGACUCGGGCUUUGACAAACAGCAAGAGCACCAUUCAGCAGCUUGCGCCCAUGAGCACGGCCGACAUCAGCUCGCACAAACACUCCAGACUUGCAGAGGUACUUCAGCUUGGCUCUGAUAUCCUUCCUCAGUACAAGCAGGAAGCCCCUAAGACCCCCCCUCACAUCAUCUUACACUACUGUACCUUCAAGACCACCUGGGACUGGGUCAUUCUCAUUCUGACCUUCUACACCGCCAUCAUGGUUCCCUAUAAUGUAUCCUUCAAGACCAAACAGAAUAACGUCACCUGGCUGGUUCUAGACAGCGUCGUGGACGUCAUCUUCCUCGUGGACAUUGUUCUCAACUUCCACACCACGUUUGUUGGCCCGGGAGGGGAGGUGAUCUCGGAUCCAAAGCUGAUCAGGAUGAACUAUCUGAAAACCUGGUUUGUUAUAGACUUGCUGUCCUGUUUGCCCUAUGACAUCAUCAACGCUUUCGAAAAUGUGGAUGAGGGCAUCAGUAGCUUGUUCAGUUCUCUGAAGGUGGUACGGCUGCUUCGCUUGGGUCGCGUUGCACGCAAACUGGACCACUAUCUUGAGUACGGCGCAGCUGUGCUCGUAUUACUGGUCUGUGUGUUUGGACUUGUGGCUCACUGGCUUGCCUGUAUAUGGUACAGCAUAGGUGAUUAUGAGGUCAUCGACGAACAAACCAACACCAUUAAGACUGACAGCUGGCUCUACCAACUAGCCACCAGCAUAGGCUCUCCAUACCGCUACAAUGCAAGUGGGAAUGGCCAAUGGGAAGGUGGGCCUGGGAAAGACUCUCUAUACAUAACAUCACUGUAUUUCACCAUGACGAGCUUGACCACUAUCGGCUUCGGAAACAUCGCACCAACUACAGAUGGAGAGAAGAUCUUCUCUGUGGCCAUGAUGAUGGUGGGAUCUCUUCUAUACGCCACCAUCUUUGGUAACGUGACGGCGAUUUUCCAGCAGAUGUACGCAAACACCAACCGUUACCACGAGAUGCUGAAUAAUGUACGAGAUUUCCUCAAGCUCUACCAGGUGCCUAAAGGUCUCAGCGAGAGAGUGAUGGACUACAUCGUCUCCACCUGGUCCAUGUCCAAAGGCAUUGACACAGAGAAGGUCCUCUCCAUCUGUCCUAAGGAUAUGCGGGCAGAUAUCUGCGUGCACCUGAACAGAAAGGUGUUCAAUGAGCACCCUGCAUUCCGAUUGGCCAGUGAUGGAUGUUUACGUUCACUGGCCGUGGAGUUCCAGACCAUUCAUUCCGCCCCUGGUGACCUCAUCUUCCAUGCGGGGGAAAGUGUGGAUCUGCUCUGUUUUGUGGUGUCAGGGUCACUGGAGGUCAUACAAGACGAAGAGGUCAUUGCUAUACUGGGUAAAGGGGACGUAUUUGGUGAUGUGUUUUGGAAGGAGACGACUCUGGCCCACGCAUGUGCUAAUGUACGAGCGCUGACAUACUGCGAUCUUCACAUUAUAAAGCGAGAAGCCCUGCUGAAGGUGCUGGAAUUCUACACAGCGUUUGCUAACUCUUUCUCUCGAAACCUCAUUCUUACCUGCAACCUGCGAAAAAGGUUUGUUUUCCGUAAAAUCAUUGAUGUAAAGAAAGAGGAAGAGGAGAGGCAGCGAUCGAAGAAUGAGGUGCUCACCAUACCUGUGGACCACCCUGUCCGAAAACUUUUCCAGAAGUUUAAGCAGCAGAAAGAGCUCCGUAACCAGGGUGCUUCAACCCAGCUCGACCUGGAAAAGAACCAACACCUGCACGCUCACAGUGCCCUGCAGUCCACACGCACACCACUUCAUAAACCUCAUGGCCCCCUCAUGCAAAACUCACUGCACACGGUUCACAACGGAUCCACAAGCAGCGUAGUCACCAUCUCGCAGAUCACGCCCAUCCAGAACUGUCUGGCCUACCCAAAACCGGGAGACUCCAUCAAGCAGAACAACCGCGACAUCAUGGAACUCAAACCCGCCGGUGAUCAGGCCGCGAACAGGUUGAAGGUAAAUAACACGACCCGGACCAAACCCGCAGGAACCACCCGUGGCUGGAUGAGACUGAAAAACAACGUGGGCGCUCCGGGUUCACCGCCAGAGGAGGACAGGAAAGAGGGACUGAACAAUGCCGCCAAAGCCGUGUCCAUGGAACACCUGUCGCCGGAUGUCAAAGUUCAGAUAGAAAAUGUCGAGGAGGUUGGGGGAUCCAGAAAGAAUUCUCUUCGCAAAACAGACUCUUGGGAUAGCGGCCUGACCUACAGCGACCAGAGACUCGAUCGAGUUUCGGAACCCCAGAGUCCCGUACCUGAGGUUGGCGGAGAAGGACCCGCUCGUGUAUUCUUUCCCAGUAGCGAGAUAGCCUUCCAAGCCUCGCUGCAGGAGGCAAGGCUUGAGCUACGGGCCGAAAUUCAGGCUUUGAACGGGAGGAUGGCAGUUUUGGAGGAGAGGGUUGGAGAGAUUCUCAGAUUGCUUUUAGAACAGUCAAAGGUCCCGUCUAGUCAAGAACCCACCUCAAAAUCCCACAGACCCAAACUUAAAGCACAGACCAGUGAUCCAGUAUCCACAGCAUGUACACCUUACUCUGAAAAAGAUAUGGGUUCACCGUAGAGGUAGAAUGACUUCAAGGUUAAUUCAAGAUGAAGCAUUUGUGGCAUCACUGGGGUGUUUCUAGAGCGUCCAAAUUUGGUAUGCCUAAAGCUUAUAGUGGAACCUCUUUACAGUAGGAUAGCUUGGGAUGGUUUCUGGAGCUCUGUAGCAUCUAAGGUUGGAAUCUUACAGCUGAACAUCUGUACUGGAUGGUUCUGGGGUUGUCAGAACCAAAUGACAUCUGCUGCUACACAAGUGCAGUUUUGCACUUACACUGAACUCAGGCAGGAAUUUUCAGAUGAGAUUUUAAUUUUCUUCAACCUGUGGGGUUGUACAUACUUUGCACGUCCAGCUGGGUUCUGGCUUGCCGAAAAUGUGAAACACUAAUGAUGUCUGUACAAUUAACUUGAUAUUUAAAUGCUUGUAUAUUAUGCAGUUAACUGCAUGCAGAUCUAUUUAUUCUCACAGAAUGCUUAUUUUUAUUGUCUACGGGACUGUUCAUUGCCUUGAAAAAGUAGAAAUUUCAGUACUGUGCAUUCAGCUUUUCGGCAAGACGUAGCAUGACAAACACUGAGAGAGAUGGGUUUGGUGUGUAACAUUUUUUGUAGAAUAUGCAUGAAUGAUUUCAGUAGCACUCAAGCACUUCGCCUUAACUGACCUAGAAUCACCCUUAAGAUAAAAAUGAUAGAUUUAUAACAAAGACUUGCACUUCAUUUAAGUGUAACUGGAAUAUAUUUAUGUAUUAUUUCAACCUGUUCUGCUAGCAGAAUAUCACAAAUGUUAAAUAAUAUAUUUUAUGUUAUAUUUAAUAUUUGGUUUUAAAGUAUACAUUCCUCGGUUAGAAGAAAUAGACUCAAAACACUUUCAUACUGUAUUUGUAAGCAUAAAACGUUGUUCAUAAUGUACACUGUAAAACAACUAUUUAUAAGAUUUACUUUUAAUGCAAUGGUGUGCAAAGACUUGACACAAAAAAUGUUUAGUAAUAUUGACCUUAAAAACCGUGUAUAAUUUUUUUACAAAAACAUUUAAGUAAAAUUUACUGAAAAACUAUCUGAUACAAAAAUCCUGAUAUGUUAUGCUUAACACUUCUUUUGGUAUGAUAUUAUUUCAUCAUUUAAUACUCCUGGUCUUUCCAUCCACAUUGACAUCAUAUUUUUGAAGACUCUUGAUAACCACAAUAUUUGUUGGUCUGUGUAUUUAUGUCUAUCUGAUGGUACAUUUUACCUUUACAAAUGUCAGCAUUUAUUUUGAAGGAUCGUGAUUUUUCUUUUCAUUCAAAUUUUGCAAUAUGUGAUGUUUUACUACUGGUUUUGCCACUGUACUGUACAUCUCCCUGUGGUUUCAAAUGACUGUAUUAUAUGCAA